AUGCCCGCCGCAGUCAAGCGCCAGAGGCCCGCCGUCAGGUCCAAGGCUGCGCCUCCCAAGCAACAGGCUGCUUCCAGCAUCAGCACCUUCGCCCGUGUCUCCAAGAGCGUAGGGGAUAGCCAGACCAAGAAAGAGCUGGCUUCUACACCGCGCAAGGAGGCCAGCGUCACCGCCAUCACACCCGCCUCGCGGAAACGCAAGGCGCUCGCGCCCACUGUGGAGGAUGCCGACGACUCUUCGGCCGACGAAUCACCAGUUCCGGCAUCACUACCCCGUGCCGCUCCUCGGGAGGUCCUUGCCGCAAAACGCGCCCGAGGCCGCCAGGCCAAGAAGUCUCGCCCUGCACCCGCGUCGCUCAAGCGCGGCAGGAGCCCAAGCCUCUCUGACUCCGACCAGUCCACCAUCAACACCGACAAGCUGUUCAAGAGGCUGCGGCUCGAGUCUUCGCCGUCACGCGCCUCGUCCCCCCUCACGGCAGAUACCUCGGUCGCCAACACAGAUGUCGACUCUGACAUCGAGUUGUCUACCUCCCCGACACUGCCCAGUGAGGUCCUCAACCUGGUGGAUCUCCACACGGCGUUCUUGAAGGCCCUCACAUUGCACUACGCACACAAUGGAUCUCACAUCCCUGCCGAUCUCCGGGAGCUGUGCCCCAAUGUUGCAAGGAGUUGGGGGAAGAAGGCAGUUAGCGAGGCAGACAUUAGAAUCUGCCUGGGCGUUCUCAACAUGAAGCUGAGCAGUGCCACCUUCUCGCUCUCGGAUUACGGCCGUGGGAAGAUCUGCAUCGAGGUAGACCGGGCUCAGGUUUCUGGCCCAUUGAACGAGAAACAACUCAACGGGACUUUUUACAGCAACAUGGAGUCUUUGUGGACCCACUUCCUCGCCAGAGGUAGACGCGAUGUAGGCGAGUUCAUCAAGAGCCUGCCCAGGGCCUCGAUCGCCGUCUGCGAGUCGAUUGCCAAGGCCUCUCCGGUUUUGGCCAAGGGGCAAAAACGCCUCGAGGAGCUGAAGCAGGGCAUCACGGCCAAGAAGCUGGAGAAGGAGAACAAGACCGCGCCCGCCGCUGCCGCCGCGGCGUCACCAGCCGGCAGCCCCCUGACCAACCCCGAUGGCUCCAAGAUGAGCCUGCUGGACCGCAUUCGCUUCAAGCAGAUGCAGAAGGCGGCGAUGCCAGCCGGGCUCUCGGCCGCCCAGAUGGAGCGCAGAGCAGCGCUGCAGCGCGCCGACGAGGUCGCGGCCCUGAUCGGCAUGCUGAGCCGGGCGAGCUCCAGCGGCAUGGGCCGCAUCAGCUUCCCGAUGGCGACGAUGCUCGAGAAGCUCAAGGACUCGUUCCGCAUGGGCAUCUCCAAGGACGAGGGCGCCACGUGCGUCCGGCUGAUCGCCAAGGAGGUCGCGCCGGAGUGGGUCAUGGUGGUCACCAUCGGAGGCCGGGAGAACGUCGUGGUCGAGACGGACCGCCAGCUGAGCAAGGCCGAGGUCUCGAGGCGAGUGCAGGCUGCUAUUGCGAGGAACUAG